CAACAACAUGAUCAUUGACCGUGAUCGCCGCGCGCGGUGUUCCACGCCCGCCGGCCCGCUGAUUGCCGCCGUCGCCAGCGUCGGCCUCCUCUGCCUGCUCGUCGCCGGCGCUCACCGACAGCAUCUUGCGCCCAAGCUCUUGUCGACUGUGGCGCCGGAGAAGGAUGCCGAGCUGUCAGGCAAGGCCGUUAAGACGCUGGCGAAGUUCUUCGGCUUUGACAAGCUGGAGCUUCCUGGCAUUAUAAUCGGCCACAACGCGCCACCCUGCGGCGAAGAGCCGCCGCCCUGCGAGGGCGACGAGAUUGCAAUUUUUGGCCACUCUUCGCCCGACACCGGUGCGAUCCGCACAGCCUGGCUGCGCCCAUUACCUGCCUGCUGAUGCGACGUCGUGGCGCGUGCGCAGACGCCAUCAGCGCAGCCAUCAUCCGCGAGUGGGAGCUGACGCACCCUCCCACGGGUCCGCAUGCGGGGUAUACUGGCCCAACCACCGCCGUUUGCGCCAAGGCGUACAUCAACUCAGACGAGCCCAACCCGGAGACGGCGUGGGUACUCGAGUACUUUGGCAUCCCGAAACCGCCCAUACUGAAGCACAUCAACGACAUCCCCUUCCCCGUCUUCGGCACUGUCGAUACGAAUAACGUCGCCGAGAUGCCGCCCGGCGCGGCGGACGUGGUGUCGGACCAGAUCCAAUCAAUCGUCGACCACCACAAGCUGACAGGCCUCGUCACACUCAAUCCAGACGAGGUGGACGUGCGUCCGAUCGGGUCGGCGGGCGCCGUGCUCUUCUCGCGAUCGCGGCAGGCGAAUCGGCCCAUCCCCGGCGCCGGGUGCGAGAAGAACAUCGCUGGCUUGAUGCUCGCCACCAUCCUCUCCGACACGCUCGGCCUCACCUCCUCAACCACGACCGAAUCGGACAAGACCGCCGUGGAUAUACUCGCGCCUCUCGCGGGCAUCGACGACACAAUGGGCUGGACCAAGCAGAUGCUCGAGGCGAAGUCGAGCAUCGCCCAGUACACGCCGGCGGACAUCGUAAUGCUUGACAGCAAGAUCCAGGGCCCCUUCACCGACCCGACCGGCGAGACCUUCCUGCUGCGCGUCGCCGUGCAGGAAACUAUCACCCCCGACGUUCUCUUUGGCCAGGCCGACGAGAUUGGCGCGGCGUGCCAGGCGCAGCUCAAGAUAGACCAGGCGAGCACCGACGCGGCGAUGCUCGGCGACGACGGCACCAACAUCGUGCGCGACUGCCUCUUCUUCGUCACCGACGUGCGCAGCUCCUUCAAGGCGAUCGAUCCGAGCUAUGGCGUGGUGCCCAAGGCAACCUACCUGCCCUCCUCCUCAGAGUACGCCGCCGAGCUUGUGCGAGAGGGCAACUUCCUCGACAGCGACGGAAACAGCAUCACACCGACCGAGCUGCCCGACGGCAGGAUCGACCUCGUCGGCGUCCAGUCGCGCAAGCGGCAGAUCGUGCCCGGCAUCGGCGGCGCCGAAGGCUCAGCCAUCAAGAAGUUUGCGGAGAGGGUUUCCUUUCAGACGGGCGGCGCAAAGAAGGCCGGUCAGGAGGAGGAGAUCCUCAUCCUGUGGAGGGAGUUCAAAAAGUGCUACCCGAACGAGAAGGUGGCGCUCGAGAUGCUGUCGAAGAACACGGCCGUCAUCCUGCCCUCCCUCAACAGCCCGCGCAAGAUCAAGGGCACCUACGCGCUGCUCAACAAGCGGCUGGGCAAAAAGGCGGCGGCGGACUUGCUGCUCAAGAACCCGGGCGUGCUGGUUUGCUCGCCCGAGGGCCUCGAGAAGCAGUCGGACGACGACAUCCUCAAGGCGGCGGACCUGGUCGAGUCGCUCGAGAAGAACAAGCCACUCAUCAACGGUGCCCUCUUCGUCGUCCUGCUCGGCGUCGUCGCCGCCUUUGGCUACCGCAUUGCCACUGUCGCCUCUGGUGAGACCGCGCUCGACCUCGGCCCCUUGUGACGGCUACCGCACCUCAAGGUCCCGGGACGUCACAAGUAGCCGUCCCGGUAGCCGCGCUCGACCUCGACCCGCCGGGAGUGGCCGCUGAAUCGCGAUACGGUAUAGCCGUCCCGAUUUUUGUGUUUUUGCAUGUGCGCAUGUGCCCGUACGUAAGAUACCGCAAGCGCGAAAGUACUCGAGUGGUGUUC